GCCGCGAGCGCGCUCUGCGCUAGGACUGGGAUCAGAGCCGGGAGCCGGGCCGGCGCGCGGAGGCCCGGCGAGCGCCGCGGCGCAGAUAUGCCACACUGCUGCCUGCCUUUGGCAACCCUCCUGGACUAGGCUGCUUUUGUUAAUCACAUGGAUGUUGUGUCCUUGGGUGAGAAUAGGAGGAAGUGAAAAAGGAGAAGAAGAGAAAAUUAAGAAGGGUAUAUGAGUGUUGGACUUCCCCACACCUGGGGUCAGAAUGCUGCUCUUCUGCCAUGCCCUCACUGUAGCUGUGGUCCAGACCUUUAUCUUCUCCGAAAACCGGGUGUUUGCCAAGAACAUCAACUUCUAUAACGUGCGGCCUCCUCUUGAUCCUACACCAUUUCCAAACAGCUUCAAGUGUUUUACCUGUGAAAAUGCAGGGGAUAAUUAUAACUGCAAUCGAUGGGCAGAAGAUAAAUGGUGCCCGCAAAAUACACAGUACUGUUUAACGGUACAUCACUUUACCAGUCAUGGAAGAAGUACAUCCAUCACCAAAAAGUGUGCCUCCAGAAGUGAAUGUCAUUUUGUUGGCUGCCACCACAGCCGAGAUUCUGAACACACGGAGUGUAGGUCUUGCUGUGAGGGGAUGAUCUGCAAUGUUGAGCUACCCACCAACCACACGAAUGCGGUCUUCGCUGUGAUGCACGCUCAGAGGACGUCUGGCAGCGGUGCCCCUGUGCUCUACCUACCGGUGCUGGCCUGGGCCUUCGUGCUGCCGUUGAUAUAAGGCCACCUUCCCGGGAGAGGCAGAGACCAGUCCUCUGAACACAAGCUAACCACUGUAAAAUGAAAAGAUUGGUCUUCCAAGUUCGCCAAGAUUGAAGGAUGCGCUUUGGACCUCACAGCAGAAGCCAGUUGUUUGCUUAGCUCAGAUGCUCCUGCAGGAGGCCAUAAGGAAGGGGACUUGGCAGGGACUGAGUGGUUAUGUAGCUGUUAGGUUUCUUGAUCAAAAGGGCUGCAUUUUGUCUCUUCUGCAAGGAGGGUCCUGCCGGCAUCUACCACAGGCAGGCUCGGUAGCCUGUGUUGUCCCCGCCAGACCAGACCUUUAGGGGAAAGGACUCCUUGACCUGAUUGACUCCUUCAGGGGCUGCUGGAACAGACCCUCUCGAUUCUGUGAUUGGCUCAGAGUAUUUCUGUGAAAUCUAAUCCUUCCCCGAAGAGAAAGCAGUUUCCCCACUGACGGUGUAGUAACGAGAAAGCCCACUAUAGGAAGAAAACUUCCAGUUGAACUAAUAUGAAACCUAUUUGCUAAUUGUGGGGGGAAAUAAAGCUUUUAAAUUAUAAGUGUAGAAUGCAUGCUUAUCUGUUUCUUGGCUGACGUGGAGACCUCAGAUGAAACAUAUUAAGGAGUGUCAUAAAGGAGGCCAAUUGAAGUUGAUCGUGCACCACAGGUGCUAUAUUCUGGCUUAAAGUAUACAGGUCUAUGCCAAGGUGACUUAAUUUUUUCUUUUGAGGAAAGAACCCUUCUAAGGAUGCCAAAUGCAAAAUUAGUGAACUGAGAAGGUGAGGAAACCUCCCUGAGCAAGGAGGAUGAUACCUUAUCACGUGAUAGAUCCUCAGAAGUAGCAGUGUAGGGACUUCCUUGGUGGUCCAGUGGUCAAGACUCUGGGCUCCACUGCAGGGGGCAUGGGUUCCACCUCUGGUUAGGGGACUAAAAUCCUACAUGCUGAGCAGCAUGGCUAAAAAUUAAAAAAAGAAAAAAGCAACUUAAAGACAGAGAACCUGGCGACAGUGUCCCUCUCCCAGUCAACCUGUCUCAAUGGGAGGGCCAUCAAGAGAAACUUUCUAAAUCCAUGCUAAAAUGUCUGGUCCCUUUGUCUUCUCUUUCAUUCUUAUAACACAGUCCUAGACUUUCAAAGGAGCAACUUCUGUUUCUAGAAUCCUAAUUUCUCGCCUUUACACUUUGGAGUGACCUUUAAACACUCUGCCUUUCUAUGUAUAGUGAGACGUUAGUGGAGUGUUUGUUGUUUUGUUUUUCAGUAGAACAUCUACCAUUAGAAUGCUGAGUGCUCCAUAGAAUCCUAAUGAUGGCGUCUUUGCCACACUGGUUCAAUCAAUGGAUCAAAUACAUCCCGCCACUCUUAGUCUGCCCAACUGUUCUAACAAAUAUUCUGUUGCCCACAAAUAUGCUGUUGCCCUGGUGGCUUCAACUCAAACAUGUAAUCCUCACAGUUCUGGAGGCUGGGAGAUCAAGAUCAAGGUGCCAGCAGACCUACUGUCUAGUGAACCCUCUUCCAGAUUUGCAGACUGGUCUUUUCAUAUAUGCUCAGGGCAAAGGGCGAAGAGUGAGCAUAAGGAUACUAAUCGCAUUUAUGAGGACUCCACCUGCAUGACCUAGCAUCCCCCAGAGGCCCUACACCCAAAUACCAUCACAUUGGGGCUUUAGGCUUCAACACGUGAAUUUGGGCUUCUCUGAUGGCUCAGACAGUAAAGAAUCUGCCUGCAACGCAGAGACCUGGCUUCAAUCCCUAGGUCAGGAAGGUGCCCUGGAGAAGGGAAUGGGAACCCACUGCAGUAUUCUUGCCUGGAGAAUUUCAUGGACAGAGGAGCCUGGCGGGCUACAGUCCAUGGGAUUGCAGAGUCAAACACGACUACCACCACCAUGUGAAUUUGGGGGAGACACAAGUAUUCAGUCUGUAGCAACCCCCUAUUUUUGUGAACAAUUUUUUAGGAACACAGCCAUGCCUAUUCACUUAUCUGUUGUCUACAGGCUUCCUUCUUGCUACAACACCAAGGAUGAGUAGAGGCAGCUGAGAGUACAUGGUCUGUGAAGUCUAGAAGGCCUGCUAGUUUGCCCUUUACAGAAACAGUGUGCUGACCCCUAACCUCUGAAAUGGCAGAAGUACAUCAGGAAAAAGCUGCUUGCUUUGCACGGGCUGUGGUGCUCAUGGUGGUGACUUGGCGUCUGCAGUGGUUUACCAGAUCAGUUUCCUUACACACAUCCAUGAAUUUUUCUUCUUCAUUUUGUCUGUCUGUCCUAUUCCUCUGAUUCAACUUCUUAGUGGUUAUGUGCUAUUGUCAGGUGCCGAGCUGUAUAUGUUUCUUCUCGACCUUGAUGCACUGGGAUUGUCUCAUCUUAAAGCUCUCUACCUUCCAAUAAAAUAGGGAGGAGGCAGAUGUCAUUACCUCCCUGUCUCUGACCGAACCAGAGACUCACCUGGAAGCAGCAGUUUUGAAGUCUGAUGUAGAUUUAUCUUGCCUUUCACUCAGCACCUUGAGGUAUUUGAAUUUUCAUAGCUAUGCUUGUUUGAAAUUAAUUAUAUAUGACUUCAGUUGGAACAUUUUAAGAGCAUCUUUGGUGGAUGUCUUUUUAUUCCCUGGGGUUUCUUUUGUCUGUGAAGUUGAUGAAUUGUCUGGUAAAAAACCCUUAGCAGACAGUACUUCUUUUUCUUUCUUCUGUCUAGAUUAAUGAAUUUUCCUGUGUGUUUUUUUAAUUUUCUUUCCCAAGGAAACAUCUUAAUUUUCUCUUCUUCACCCCACAUAUGUUUUCAUAGCUUGCCCUCCUAACCACCACUCCUCUAAGCAUUGAAAAUAGAGUUAUCCUGAGCCAGAGAGAACACACAGUGGGAACAAACUGCAAAGACAGCCAAGUGAGUAGGGGUGCCAGAUUUACAAAUAAAAGCAUGGGAUGUCCCAUUUAAUUGGAAUUUCAGAUAAUUUUUUAGUGUAAGUUGUUCAUGAACUCAUAAGUCUGGCUCAUCUGAGGCAAUGUUUUCAAGUCCUUGUAAUCAGAAUUUUCUGGCCAACUUCAAAAUAAGACAAAUUCUAAGGGCCUCCUGGAGAUGUUGACUCAGGAGAUGGGAUGGAGCCCAUGCCUAAUCCCAAUAAUUAGAUGUUAAAGAAGCAGCUCCCAGUUGACUGUGAUGCCAGGUGUGUUACCCUUGAUCUGAGAAGUUUACUCCUUCUUCAGAAGCCCAGUCCUUGGUCACAUAAUAAGUGCUGAUGAAUAAUAAAGAUGCUCACAAGUAACCUGGGUUGGAGUUGUGGUCUCUCUCAGUGUGGUCUCUGGACCAGCAGCAUAGGCAUCACCUGGGAAUUUGUUAGAAACUCAAAUACUCAGCCUCCAUUCUAGACCCGCUGAAUCAGAAACUCUAAGGGGUCACUUCUGGGUUUUAAUAAGGUUUCUAGGUGCUUCUGAUGCACACACUAGUUCAAGAACCACUGGACCAGAGAAGUGCUUCCUAAAUGUCUUUGUAAAUGAGUCCUUGGUGGGGGCACGAAAAUUACUCAGGGAGUUUAUAUUUAAAGAAGAAAACUGGACUCACAGGCCCCAAAUCCAGAAAAUCAGAUUCUUUCUGUUAGAGUUGAAUCAGAAAAUCGGUAUUUUUAGUAAACUCCUCACGUGAUCCUGACACAUAGCCACUUUUGGAGCCACUAAACUAGAGAAUAAGAGAUGGGGGUGAUGUUAGUGCACAGAAGCCCAAAACCUUUAACACUUGACCUUGAAAUCCCUAUGCAUUAUAAAUGGACUCUAUGUGGUGUCUCCAAUGCAACUGUUUUAAAACUAGAAUCCAAUAAUCUAAUCAGAGUCCAUUUGCAUGGAUAUUUUUAGUCCAUUACAUAGUGACCUAGAAUGGCCAAGUGAUCCAGACCUCAGAUUAAUUUCAUUUGCCCCCUAAUGAGCAAGAAGAUGAAAAGUACCUUGUCAAAAUGUCCCGUGAGGACUGGGGUAGUGGAGGCAGGAAAGGAGAAUAUGUAGAUUUGUUCUUAUAAAAAAGACAAGGGGAUUAGCUAUGAAUACAAGGAAAGUGUGAGGGGAUGACCUGUCAAAGUUCCAUUUUGAAUACAACUACAUUCUAGAAUAAAUCUUGAAUUCCUGUCCAUCAUUCACUUUCUGAAAAUUUAAAAAAAAAAAAAAAGUGGUAAAGAACACAUAUUUUCCCUGCUGUGUCUAAACUCUCUAAAUCCAAAACCUGACUGAGGUUAGCAGCCAGAAAUUACUGACAUUGUCUUCUGUACAGUCUGCAUUCUGCUGUGUCACGCGCUGUGUAAAACACAUCUCAUAAGACAAGAGAAAGAGGUGGGUUGGUUUCUUUUUCUCACUGGGAGAGGACUUAAAAGCUGUGCAAAGCAUGAAAUGAGCAGCAUGAACCAGCAUGGACUUGGAAAGUGAGGUGUGGUGUGGAAUUGGGAAAUGUUUCACAAUUGAGAAAUUACCCUUAUGCACAAUUCUUGUGGUGUGUCAAUUGCCAUCUUAUAAAAUUCUGCUCUGACCUUUGAA